AUGCAUCUCGCCACCUUCAUCCUCAUCCUCGUCACCAACAUGGUCACCGCCUUCAUUGUCCCGCCAGUCGAGGCUCCAGACACCACUACCGUCGACCUCGUCUCCCGCGACACCGACUGCGGCGCAUGUACCCGCUUGUACGACUUCUGCGUCAAGAACGGCCAUACAAAGGGACAGACGGGCUGCAUGCAAACCUGUCGCGAACAUGUCUGCCAUGUCAAUGCUAGCGCGGGUAGUGCAAGGGCUGCGGUGAGCCGUUUGACCAGUGUCCCACGGUCUCUCGUUAUGUUAGGAAGGAGUGAGGACGUGGAUCGGCGUCUGUGGGACGUGGUUCGUGAGUAUCGGUUCAAGGAUGGAAGAUAUGCAGGAACAGAUGGCAAGGUCAUGGGAUGA